AUGCCUUUGAGCGGAACGUGCAAACGCAGGAGGAUCAAGUGUGAUGAAGGAAAGCCGCAAUGCCGAAAUUGCAAGAUUCACGGUGCAUCCUGCGUCUACAAAUGGAUGAAACAUACUUCCACUGCGCCUACCAAUGGCCCAAGUGCGCCCCAGGCCGAAACGCAUGGCACUGAAGCAGAUGAUCUCAUCAUCUUCAGCACUAGGCACAUGAUGUUACUGCAUCACUUUACUACUGUGACGGCGCCGACUUUACACUCAAACGUGACUCUACAGGCAGUAUGGGAGGUAGAUGUCCCCAAGAUAGGUUUCCGUUUUCGUUUCCUGAUGGACGCCAUCUUAGCUCUGGCGUCGCUACACCUUUCGUAUCUGAGGCCAAACGAGUGGCAUGUCCACUGGUUACGAGGCAUCGAGCUGUAUCAAACAGCGCUUGCCGGCGCCAAGGCGGAGAUGCAGAAGGUCUCAACAGAGAACCACGCCGCGAUCUUCCUGUUCUCGGCACUGACAUGUUACUUCUCACUCGCGAGGAGCCGCUGUGGAGACACAGCGAGAUGUUCAGCUAUGGAGAUCGACGAAGACUUCUUAGAAUGGGUCUUCUUAUUUCGAGGUACAAGGACGUUCAUCCUGCCUCCUGACGCAACGUCAUUAGAAUUAGGCCCGCUCGCGCCCAUGAUCGAGAUUGGCAGACAGCGUGUCCGUCGGCUCGCCGAGCUGUUGGCGACGGACGCAGUCGAGAUCAAGGCCCUCACCGACCUGCAAGCAGAAAUUCAGGGCCGGGUCACGGAACCAACGGAACUCACCGCUUAUGAGGGCGCCAUACAUGUGAUCUGGAGAUCCUUCAACGCGGUCUAUCACCAACCAGCAGAAUGAGUCCAGAAUACUGAUAUCUUUUCUUGACUCUUCGACGUCUCAGAUGAGUUUAUGACUCUGCUCCGAGCGCGAAGACCGAUUGCGCUCGCGCUUUUUGCUUGCUUCAGUGUCUUAUUCCGACACUUGCGCGGCGUCUGGUGGGUCGGAGACUGGACAGACUGCGUUUUGAACCAAG